AUGGAUAUGGAGAAAGGUAUAUACAGGCCCCCUCCCUCUCCGCCCUCGCCCUCACCCCACCCCACCCAUUUCCAGUAUUACGACACAAUCGCUGAGGCGGCGGCGGCGGGUAGUGUGAUCAUGCCUCACAGAGCGGCGCCGGCGAAGGGGCGGGUGACGGUGAGGGUGGGAGAGGAGCAGCAGCGGUUCGCGGUGCCGGUGGAGCACCUGAGCCACCCGCUGUUCGCCGCGCUGCUGGAGGAGGCCGCGGAACAGUACGGGUUCACCCAGCCGGGGGCCAUCGCCAUCCCCUGCCCCGUCGACCACUUCCGCCGCAUCGAGGAGAUGAUCGAACGCCGCUACGGCGGCGCCGACCACCACCACCACCACCCCCACGUUCCCUUCAAUUUACCCAUUUGGAAAUAAGUGUCCGUCUACAAAGACAACACUGUACGAGCUGUUAUGGCAAAUCAAUUUCCUAUCUAAUUUUAAUUCUGUGUAUUGAUUUUCCCCAUUUUUUAGGGGUAAUUUUGCAUCUAAUCCUAUUAGUAAAUAAAUUUUUGCAUGUA